CUCUGUUGAAGCCACAGUCUACUUCAGUCGGAGAGAGCAAGCCAGGUCACACUUGACAAAGAGCUGCUUUCGGGACGACUUGUCACCCCCAAACACAUAGACACAAUCUCCCGGCAUCGGAACGGAAAUGAUCCUUCCCAGAAUGGAGAAGAUGGUGAUGAAGGUGUUGAUUUUGUUUGUCCUUGGAAUGAACUACUGGUUCCACUGCUGUGCAGGUUUUCCCGUGUAUGACUAUGACCCGUCUUCCUUGAGGGAAGCUGUCAGCGCCUCCGUAGCAAAAGUGAAUUCCCAGUCGCUGAGCCCCUAUCUGUUUCGGGCAUUCAGAAGCUCAAUUAGAAGAGUCAACAUGCUGGACGAGGACAGCUUGACCAUGGACGUAGAGUUCGGCAUCCGAGAGACGACGUGCCGGAGGGGUUCUGGGGUAGACCCCGCCACCUGUGACUUCCAGAGGGGCUACUACGUGCCGGCGGCUGUUUGCAGAAGCACCGUGCGGGUGUCUGCUGAGCAGGUGCAGGACGUGUGGGUUCGCUGUCACUGGUCCUCCAGCUCCGAGUCUAGCAGCAGUGAAGAGAUGGUUUGGGGGGAUAUCUUGGGAUCCUCUACAUCAAGAAACAAUUAUCUGCUUGGUCUCGCUCCUGACAGAUCAAGAAGUGAGCCAUUUUAUGAACGGUCCCUUGAGAACAUGAGAAGGGGCUUUCCUCCUGGAAAUAGAAGGGACCUGAACCUGUGGCCCAGAGCAAGAGUAAACGCUGGCUUAGAGUGACAGCCUUGAGCGAAAUGCAUUGGAAGGAAUAGAAGUUCCAAUGAAGAAAGAUACUUUACAAAUCGUGUGAUUUUUCUUUUGAUCAGUUCCAGUCGAUAAUAAAUGGCUUACUUUUCCUCUUUC